UAAGAUAUUGUACUUGUGGUAGAUAUAUCACGUGAUAUUUUACAUCCCAAAUAUUUAUAUAAGAAGAUAAGAUACAUCAUGAUGUUUAUGACGAUGUUUGUCUCACAUUACAUUAGAGUUAACUUCAAUUGCUGUUCAGUUAAUGUCGCAAUUGUAUUGUAUUCGGUUCAAAAUUAUUUAACGUCCAUAAUUUAGAAAAAUGAUCGAUGCAAAAAUUAUCGAUAUCAAAGUGCAAGACAUAAGAUUUCCGACAUCAUUACAUUACCAUGGAAGCGACGCAAUGCAUACUGAUCCUGAUUACUCUUGUGCAUAUGUAACGAUCAUAACAGACACAGAAUAUGAAGGGUAUGGCCUCACAUUUACUCUAGGAAGGGGAACUGAAAUUGUUGUACUGGCAUGUAAAUCCUUGUUUAAAAUUAUAAAAAAUAAAAAAACAACGAAGAUUUUUAGCAAUUUUGCGUUAUACUGGAGAAAAUUAACAUGUGACACACAAUUAAGAUGGAUUGGACCGGAGAAGGGUGUGAUACAUUUAGCUACAGCCGCUAUCGUAAACGCAUUGUGGGAUUUAUGGGCACGUAUCGAAAACAAACCUGUCUGGAAGCUUCUUACAGACAUGUCGCCCAAAGAGCUCGUUUCCACUAUCGAUUUUCGAUAUAUUAAGAGUGUAGUGACCAAGGAGCAGGCGAUACAGAUACUUGAGAAUAAUAUGAAACAGAAAGAGCAUCAAGAAUCGGAGCUGCAAAAAAAAGGAUUUCCCGCGUACACAACUCAAGUCGGAUGGCUGGGUUACAGUGAUGAACAAGUUGUAGAUCUCUGUAAUUCGUCCUUGGAACGCGGUUUUACGGCGUUCAAAAUAAAAGUGGGUCAGAAUUUAGACGAUGAUAUUAGAAGAUGCGAAAUAGUGCGCCGAGUCAUAGGCCCUGAGAAAAAAUUGAUGCUGGAUGCGAAUCAAGUCUGGGAAAUAGAUGAGGCGGUAGAAUGGAUAGACAGAUUGGCGAUAUAUAAACCUUUCUGGGUAGAGGAACCGACGUCUCCCGACGAUAGUUGGGGACAUGGUCAAAUAAGAGAAAGACUAAAGGAAAAAGUCAAGCUUGCUACCGGUGAAAUGUGCGCGAAUCGCGUCAUGUUUAGACAAUUUUUGGAGAUGGGGAUUGAUUAUUGUCAAAUCGACGCGGCAAGGAUUGGCGGGAUUAAUGAAAUUUUGGCCGUAUAUUUCAUGGCACAUAUAAAAAACUUACCAAUAUGCCCACAUGCUGGUGGAGUAGGUUUGUGCGAAAUGGUUCAACAUCUUCAAAUGUGGGAUUACAUUUGUUUAAGCCAAACCAAUGAAGAUCGUAUGAUAGAAUAUGUGGAUCAACAACAUGAACAAUUUGAAGAUCCUGUUUGUAUAAAAAAUGCUUGUUAUAUGCCACCUUCUCGUCCUGGAUAUUCAACUAAGCUUAAGGACGAGUGUAUUUUGGAGUAUGCUUAUCCAGAAGGCAAUUAUUGGAAAUUAAAUAAAAGUGAGUGAAAAAGUUUGAAAGAAAACAUAAAAUC